AUGUUGCGACUUUGUUCACUGGUACUGGUCACAUGUUUGAUCUACUACUCCAAAAAUCAGGGCCCCUCUGCGCUUGUCGCAGCUGUGGGAUUUGGUAUAGCAGGGUAUUUUGCUACAGAUAUGCUGAUUCCACGCGUGGGCAAAUCGUUUAUUAAGAUAGGUCUGUUUGGUAAGGAUUUAAGUAAGCCUGGCCGUCCUGUUCUUCCGGAAACAAUUGGUGCCAUUCCCGCUGGAGUAUAUCUGUUUGUUAUGUUCAUUUACAUUCCCUUCAUUUUUUACAAGUAUAUGGUCGUUACCACUUCAGGCGGCGGUCAUCGUGAUAUAUCUGUGGUUGAAGAUAAUGACACGAACUUUAGUAUUUUUCCUCAUGAUAAAUUGUCUGAAUACUUGAGUGCUAUCUUAUGUUUGGAAAGUACAGUUCUGCUGGGCAUCGCGGAUGAUUUAUUUGAUUUGCGUUGGAGACACAAGUUUUUCCUGCCUGCCAUAGCGGCUAUACCGUUGCUAAUGGUUUAUUAUGUGGAUUUUGGUGUUACACAUGUGCUGGUUCCAGAAUUUAUGGAGCACUGGCUGAAAAAGACCAGUGUUGAUUUAGGGUUAUGGUAUUAUGUCUAUAUGGCCUCAAUGGCGAUCUUUUGCCCCAACUCUAUCAAUAUCUUGGCCGGUGUCAAUGGACUAGAGGUUGGCCAAUGCAUAGUGUUAGCUGUCUUGGCCUUAUUCAACGAUCUACUGUAUUUUUCAAUGGGUCCACUGGCCACAAGAGAGUCUCACAGGUUUUCUGCCGUUUUGAUUAUUCCAUUCUUGGGUGUAUCUUUAGCGCUAUGGAAAUGGAACCGCUGGCCUGCCACUGUGUUUGUCGGAGACACGUAUUGUUAUUUCGCUGGUAUGGUCUUUGCGGUUGUCGGCAUAUUGGGGCAUUUCUCGAAGACCAUGCUCUUGUUAUUUAUUCCUCAAAUUGUCAAUUUUAUCUAUUCAUGUCCGCAAUUAUUCAAGUUGGUACCUUGUCCAAGACAUAGGUUGCCCAAAUUUAACGAGAAGGAUGGGCUAAUGUACCCAUCAAGGGCAAACUUGAAGGAAGAGCCACCAAAGGCCUUUUUUAAGCCAAUCUUGAAGCUGCUAUACUGUCUCAAUUUGAUUGAUCUGGAAUUUGACGGAAAUAAUGAAAUGACCAGCACUUCCAAUAUGACUCUGAUAAACUUGACGUUGGUAUGGUUUGGCCCGAUGAGGGAAGAUAAAUUGUGCAAUACGAUCUUGCAGUUACAAUUCUGUAUUGGGAUCCUGGCGCUAAUUGGAAGGCAUGCCAUAGGCGCCAUCAUUUUUGGACACGACAAUCUGUGGACUGUACGUUGA